GUGGUCAAACUGCGUUAAGAAGAUGUUACUCUCGUUCUCGCGAGACCUCUCCCGAAAUUCUGUCGGGGCAGCGUCGUUGCUAAGGAUACGACCGUCGCGAUGCAGGAAACCCUUCGUGAAUCUUCGAUUCCUCCAACAGACGUAAAAGAGUCUCAGUUGUAAACAAAGCCGACACUUUAACUCACGGCAGGAUCACAACUCAUGGAGUGUAAGAACAGAAUCCGCAAUCUUCAGCCUCAGGAGAACGGAGACGCGCCGGCGGCAAAAAUAAAAUCGGAGGACGCCUUCCUCGGCGAACAUUUAGAAUUACUGAGCCAAAGCAUGACGGGAGACAUCACGCAAGACAGAGUGGAGCGAGACGAGCGUCAGCGCCUGCUGGACCAGCUGAGGGAGCUGACGGACGUCAACGGUCGCCUCUUUAAACUGCUGAGCGAAAAAGAAUUUGAGUUCAAACACAUGAAGAAGAAAUGGGACAAAGAGAAGAUUUUUCUCAUGGCUGGCGUGUCCGGCAUGUCGGGGGACGCGGCCGCCGUCAAGAUCGUGGAGUUGUCCAAAAGGAACCGAGAGCUGACUGCCGAAUUGGAGCAGGAGAGGACGAAAUCCAAGCAGAACAGCAACCGGAUCAAAGUACUCGAGAACGACCUGCAGGCCGCCGCGCGCUUACCGCCGGGGAAAAAUGUCGACGUGGGUUUGCGGAAGCAAAGCUCAUCUCAAGACUGCCAGGAAAGCCCAGCGGUGAAGUCCUUAAAGGACAAAUUAUCCGCCGCCCAGCUCAAAGCCACCGAGUACCGCAACCAAGUUCAGUUUCUCAGACAGGAGUUGAAAGUGGCCCAGAAGGUUCUGAUCAACGAGGUCGGCGAAGACGUCAACGUCCAGCAGUUGCUGAGCUGCGCGGGAAGCUUUCGGGGUCGUGCGCAGCAGAUAUUGGCGCUUCAGUCGAGGGUGCGUGACCUGGAGCAGCAGCUGAGGCCACUUCCAUCAAACCUGGACGAAGAAGACUAUUCGGGCGUCGCCCCGAGAAGCCAGUGCCGAAACGCGAGCUACAGCCGCAGUGCCGAGAAGGAGAAGAAGGAGGCCUUCCAGAGGCUGUCGGACAGCUGCGAAGCCUUGCGGCGGGAGCGCGAUCGAGCGAGGAAAGAUCUGGAAGCCACCAAAGCCAGGAACGAAUGCCUGUCGGCUGACGUCAGAACCCUGAAGGCUCAGACGUCCUCCUUGCUGCUGAAGAGCAAACACGACGACGAGCUGGUGGACGCCAUACUGAAGGAGAAGAGCCGCAUGCUGGAGAUGCUGAGUCAGCUCACCAGGCAGAACGCGCCCAGCCAGUCCAGCUCGGGACCGUCGCUGAGCAGCGAGCUCGCCGCCCAGAAGAUGCUGGUCCAGAACUUGUACCGAGUGGUCGCUGACAAAGAAGGCACCAUUCAGGAAUUGGAGGAGAAAAUCAAGCAGCUCGCCGACGACGGCCCCUGACAAAUCAUUAUGUCUAAAAAGUGAUUUAGAAGAAAAAAAAUAUGAUUUCAAAAUAAUCGCAUUACUGUACAAGAUUCUAAUGCUUUAAGAAACACUCAAACCAAAAAAAAAAAGAGGUGCUAUUUCAUCAUUAAUUCAUCUUUGUUUAUGUAAGGGGUGUUAUUAUAUUUAAAUAAGCUAUUCGGUUUGUUUUUAAUUACGAGAAAAACAGUGACACAAUAUUAAGCAUUUAAAUUACUGUAUGUGUUUUGGUAGUUGAGAAGGGAGGUUUGGAAUUUUGAGUUUAGAACUUUUUUUUUUUUUUAAACAAUGCCUCUGUGAUUAUUACGGAAGUGUAUUACUGGCACACCAAAAUAAUUUUAAAAAAGGUCAUGUUUCACAUGACAAUGUGAAUCAUUUCACAUGACAAUGUGAAUCGUUUUACAUUACAUUGUGAAUCGUUUCACAUAAUGUGGUUAAUUACAUCUUAUAAUGUGAAUCGUUUCACAAUAUAAUUAAAUUGUUUCAUGUUAUAAUGUUGAUUUGUUUAACAUAGAUUUGUUUCACAUAACGUAGAAAAUAAUAAAUGAAUUUCACCCCUCUUGACCCAUUACACAUUAUAGUGUGAAUGGAAACCACAUAAUGUGAAACGAUUCACAUUACAAUGUGAAAAAGAGUCACAUUAUAAUGUGAAAAUGAUUCACAUUUUUUUUUUGGGUGUGGCAGCAAUGCACUUCCGUAGAUUAUCACUCUAUGCCAGCAAAAAACUAAACACUCCUAUUUGCCAUUUAUUCAACCUUACCUCUCAUCUCUCAUUUUUGCUCAUUAUUGUACCGCGAGAUUUUCUAAUUUUGUGAA